CUACCAUCAACUAAUUUUUUAAUUCCAAAAUUUGUCAAAGCUUUACCCAGUCAAGUCUUCUCUUCGUUACAUUCAGAUGGGAACCAAGAAUCCAUUGUCUUCUCUCUUUUCUUCUUGCUAUAAACCCCCAGAACUCAUCUUUGCUCCUGAUUAGCAUCUGGGUUUCUUUGAGUAUCUGUUUAUCAAGCUUGCAUUUCUGCAGAGAGGCCAUUUUCUGUGACUCUGCCCAUUAUUUAAGGUGAAUUGGGAGGAGGUUUCUGUUGUAGUCUCAUGGCUCAUUUAAGUUAUUCUGAGUCAAUGUCUGAGGGUUCAGAGCAUGGACAAGGUGUCCAAGUUGUGCCAUUUAAGACCUCUACUGGGUCUUUAAGGGUAUUGCUAUUACAUGGAAAUUUGGAUAUUUGGGUGAAGGAGGCCAAGAAUUUGCCCAACAUGGAUAUGUUUCAUAACAAGUUAGAUGCCUUGUUUGGGAAAUUGCCUUCAAAGCUUAGCAGUAAAGUUGAUGAGAAGAUCACUAGUGACCCUUAUGUCACAGUUUCGGUAUCUAAUGCUGUGAUUGCUAGAACAUAUGUGAUCGGCAACAGUGAGGAUCCGGUUUGGAUGCAGCAUUUUUAUGUCCCGGUAGCACAUUAUGCAUCGGAAGUUCAUUUUGUUGUGAAAGACAACGAUGUUGUUGGUUCUCAGAUUAUGGGCGCUGUGGGGAUCCCCGUGGAACAAUUAUAUUCUGGUGUCAAGGUCGAGGGCUCAUUCCCAAUUCUUAACUCGAAUGGGAAACCGUGUAAGGCUGGGGCUGUACUCACUUUAUCAAUUCAAUUCACUCCAAUGGAGAAGGUUCCCCUUUACUAUGGCGGUGUAGGAUUUGAUCCUGAGUAUCGUGGAGUUCCCGGUACUUAUUUCCCCCUUAGACGAGGAGGCAGGGUAACGCUGUAUCAAGAUGCUCAUGUACCUGAUGGUUGCCUCCCGAAUAUAUGGCUUGAAAAUGGCGUGCAGUAUCAUCACGGGCAGUGCUGGCAUGAUAUAUUCAGCGCAAUAAGUCAGGCUCGUAAGUUAAUCUACAUUACCGGAUGGUCUGUCUACCAUUUAGUUAAACUUGUUCGAGAUGGUAACGAUGCAAAAGAAAGCACUUUGGGGGACCUUCUCAAAACGAAGUCUCAAGAAGGCGUGAGGGUGCUGCUACUUGUAUGGGAUGAUCCCACUUCUAAUAGCAUUCUUGGGUAUAAAACUGAUGGAAUCAUGCAAACGAAUGAUGAGGAGACUCGUCGCUUUUUCAAGCAUUCUUCGGUGCAAGUGCUGCUUUGUCCACGCUCUGCUGGAAAGGGACACAGCUGGAUCAAAAAGAAGGAAACUGGAACAAUCUACACACACCAUCAGAAAACUGUUAUAGUUGAUGCAGAUGCGGGUAACUACAGGAGAAAGAUCAUAGCUUUUGUUGGAGGCCUUGAUUUAUGCAGGGGGCGAUACGAUACUCCAAAUCACCCUAUUUUCAGAACAUUACAAACUGUGCACAAAGAUGACUAUCAUAACCCAAAUUUCACGGGACCUACUACCGGUUGCCCAAGAGAACCUUGGCAUGAUUUGCACAGUCGGAUUGAGGGCCCUGCUGCAUAUGAUGUCCUAACAAACUUCGAGGAGCGUUGGUUAAAGGCUUCGAAACGCCAUGGAUUACAAAAGAUGAAAGCUUCACAUGAUGAUGCUUUACUCAAACUUGACAGAAUUCCUGAGAUUUUAGGAAUAGCAGAUGCCCCAUUCCUAGAGGAAGAUGAUCCCGAAAGUUGGCAUGUCCAGGUUUUCCGGUCCAUUGACUCUAAUUCUGUUAAAGGUUUUCCUAAAGAUCCAAAAGAAGCCACAGCCAAGAACCUAGUCUGUGGGAAGAAUGUUCUGAUCGACAUGAGUAUACACACUGCGUAUGUAAAGGCAAUUCGUUCUGCUCAACAUUUCAUUUACAUUGAGAACCAGUACUUCCUCGGGUCAUCAUUCAACUGGAACAACUACAAAGACUUAGGUGCAAACAAUUUAAUACCGAUGGAAAUUGCUCUCAAAAUCGCUAACAAAAUCAGAUGCAAUGAAAGAUUUGCAGCAUAUAUUGUUGUCCCAAUGUGGCCCGAGGGUGUUCCUACCAGCACACCAACUCAGAGGAUUCUCUUUUGGCAGUAUAACACGAUGCAGAUGAUGUACGACAUAAUAUACAAAGCUUUAGUAGAGGUCGGGCUGGAUAAGACAUAUGAACCCCAAGACUACUUGAACUUCUUUUGUCUUGGCACUAGAGAGGCGCCCGAUAAUGCAACCAAUUCAAGUGGCAAGAGUUCUUCAGCAAACACUCCUCAGGCACUAUCCCAGAAAAGCAGGCGAUUCAUGAUAUAUGUCCACUCGAAAGGGAUGAUUGUGGACGACGAGUUUGUGAUAAUGGGGUCUGCCAAUAUCAACCAACGUUCGUUGGAAGGCACCAGAGACACUGAAAUUGCAAUGGGUGCAUAUCAGCCUAACUAUACAUGGGCAAACAAACACACCGGACCACAUGGCCAGAUAUAUGGAUAUAGGAUGGCGCUUUGGGCCGAGCACCUUGCAACACCCGAUGCCUGUUUUGAGCAACCGGAGAGUGUGGAAUGCGUGAGACGGGUGAGGGGUCUUAGCGAGCGCAACUGGCAACAAUAUGCAGCUGAGGAAGUGAGCGAGAUGAAAGGCCACCUCCUGAAGUACCCUAUUGAAGUUGACAGAACAGGAAAGGUGAACUCUUUGCCUGGGUGUGUAAACUUCCCCGACAUGGGAGGGAAGAUCAUAGGGACAUUCGUUGGCGUCCAAGAAAAUCUCACCAUUUGAUCAAUUGCAUUGUCUGUUCUCCACAUUUGUUGUUGUUGUUACCUGCAUUACUACCCACAUCCGUCUUUUCCUUCAAUUUUUUUUUUUUUCUUUUUUGUUAAGUGUAAACAUUAGGUGAGGUGGCUUGAUUCUAAUAUAAUAGAUAGGCAUAAACUCGAAUACAUUUCUAAAGAGUUGAUUAUGAUUUCCAUUAUUUAGGUUUCAUUUUAAAAAUAUUGUAGAUC